AUGAUUGGGAAUUUCAGUCGACUCAGGCUUGAUGCCUUUUGGUGGCUACGCCGCUCUGAAGGCCAGGUAAAGCUGGUUAUCCUAAUCUCAAUCCACCGUUCCCGCCCUGAGAUUUUGGUUGAGAAAUGGAUUAAUGGGCUUCCGGUCCACAAUCACGAUCUCCGUCCCCAUUCGCCCUCCCCUUCUAACGUUUCGCCGGCAAACCACCUCCGAUUACCAGGAGGUCUCGUUGCAGAAAAUACUCAUCCUCGUCACACUGGGCAUCUCGCGAUUGUCCGCGGCGGUAGAACCGCAUUCUUCACCGCAAUACCUGCGAAUUUAUCCCCACCAAAUCGAUACGGGAUCCUAAAUGGCGAUACGGACUGGAAUGUUGUGGCGCGAGACUUGACGUUAGCAUACGGUCUGCGCGUUCGGAAGAGCGAAGAGGAUUUCGACACAGAGUCUGCUACUGCACAGCAGCCCGCUGUCAAUCCUAACGUUGCUGCGCCGCAGCCUGCAAACAAUCUUGGAUGGUUUAAACUGACCUUGCAAGCUGCUGGAUUCGUGGACAAUUUGGACCCCCAAACGUCGACACUGGGAAUGGCAAGUCUUCACCCUAGCUCUGAGGUCUGUACCGCAACUCUCAUCAAUGGUGCGAAUCUGCGAACCUCCCUCCCGUUUUCCAGGGGUCUGCCUCCAUUGAAAAUCCUACAAAUCCCUACUAUCACCAGUGUGCUCAAAGAAGCUAUUGCUCGUGAUGGGCUCUAUCAAUCUAGAUUCCUAAAUAAGAGCGAAAAGUUACAAAAAGCUCUGCAAAAUAUCUUGGCGAACGGAUGGCUCCAUGCAGAGAACUCAGAUGGUGAUGAACAAUUCAUAUUCGCAAGUCAAAUCCACCGCUGGUACUGCCAGUGUCUUUUCUCCGAGAAACACUCUGAUAACCAACUUGAUUACGUCACUCCUUUAGAAUUAGCGCUCGACACCAUCAGACGCUUUCAGCCGUGUCAGCUAGCACAUGCGCCACGUUCGCUAGCAGGUAAUUCCCGACCACUGGAAGAUCAAUACCAGAAGGAGUUCUAUCGCUGCCUCUUUCCUUUACUGGAUGGGCAUGUUGUCAUGUCUCCCGAAUUCGUAAUUCAGUCAGAUACUAAAGGUGGAACAAUUGACUUCCUUCUUAUCCAGAAGAAGUGGGGAGUGGAACUCCUAAGAGAUCGUAACCGGCUUCAGGAACACAUGAACAGGUUUAAACCAAAUGGACAAUACUUUACCCUGAUUGAAAAAGGAAAGAUGGACCAAUAUAUUGUUCUCAACUUCACCAAUAUACUGCCACGAAAAUCCCAUCCAGAGUUCAGGGACCAUCUGUACCACGUUGUGUUUUCUGAAGAAUAUCAGAAGGUUACAGUGAUUGAUGCGUCAGAUCUUUGCGAAGUCAACACUUUUGUCUUAAUGGAGAAUACAAAUUAG